GGUGUGGGGGCCAGGCUGGGCCUCAGGUGGCCCCAUCCUGUCUCUCAGUGGGCCAAGGAGCACGUGCAGGCCUGCCCAUGCGUCUCUUGCCAGCGACCACUCGGGACCUCUCUCCUGGGCAUACCGCCCCCGUCCUUUGGGACUCUACUGAAUCUGUCCUCAGCUCCCCAGGGCCUUACUGUCCUGUGGCAGGCCAUGGCCCUUUCCGUUCUAAGGGUUUUCUUGACAAUCUCAAGGAAAUGAGUGUGCAAAGAAUCACAGUGGACAGCACGGGGGUGCUGCAGGCACAAGGUGUAUCUUACAGUCCACAGCACCUUCUCAGGAGUCUUGAGCCUUCUAAUUCAUGAGCCACCUGGCCCAAGCUGCCUCCCUCCCCCAGCCAAGGUCAGGACUGUUACUUCCAGGGCAGCCUCAAUCCUGAAAAUGCAGUCAAGGGGACACUGAUGUCCUCUGUCAUUUUGACUCGAGGCUCCUGUGACCAGGUGCCAACCAGUAACCUAACCUCCACCCUGCACACAUUUCCAGAUCCUGCUUAGUUUCAGCCUCUGGAAAGCAGUUCUGUUUCCCAAGGGUCAUUGGCUUGUAAAGUAGGAGCUGUUGGGGCUGGGGCAUCACUUUCAUCCAGGACUAAGUGGGAAAUCCCUCAGUGUCCCUAGACCUUCACUGGAAAACAGGGAAACAGGAACUGAAGGCUAAAGAGAAGCCAUUGAAAACACCUGACACUGUGAUUGUAAGGAUGUGUGACCCUAGGUGUGACAGGAGCAUGCUUACUUUCUCAAGGUGGGGGUGUUAGGAGGGCUGCCCCGUGGGACUGAGGGGGACAGGUUAGCACCCGUAGCAAGCACCCCGGGAGUGUCCAGAGACUGCCUCACCAGGUCCUCACUCAGGAACAUCUCUUGGACUUCUGAGGUUGUGCAAGGUGUGGGGGGGUCUGUGUUCCUGGAGUACACUGCCCUUGAAGCCUGCAUGGGGCGUGCCCCUGACUGGGGUGCCUGCACUGUGACUCUGUGACAUGACCACUUCGUUUAAGAAUUGUCCUUUUUGGGGGGCACCUAGGUGGCUCAGUUGGUUAAGUGUCUGACUCUUGGUUUCAGCUCAGGUCAUGAUCUCACGGUUUGUGAGAUUGAGCUCCGCAUCUGGCUCCACGCUGACAGCACAGAGCCUGCUUGGGAGUCUCUCCCUUCCUCUCUGCCUCUCCCCUGCUCACUCGCUCUGUCUCAGAUAAACAAACUUAACAACAAAAAGAAUCACCCUUCUUGUGUGAUGCGCUUUGGCUCACGGAGGGCACCUCUGCUCCCGUAUGGAGUCCUGGUGUCCUGGGUGCCCCGUCUCUCUGCCCUCACACCCGUGCGCUGCUGGGGACCGAACUGGGAGACUGAGAGGCCAGUCUUGGGUUUCCAGGACUGCAUGUUGACUUCACUGAGCUCCCAGGACCCCUGGCCCCCAGACCCCCCUCUUCUGUUGGGAACUGCAAACCGACGGGGACGGGGUCUGGCGGCCUUCCCUAGCCUCUGGUGAUACAUGCUCCGACCAGGGUGUGAUCUCAGAUUACACGUUUGCAUUUGUAGCUUAAUUUGAGCAGUGUGCAUUUUUAUUGGAAAACUGUUGUGCUUUUGGACAUGUGGGUUGGUUUUUUUUUUUUUUUUAAGAUCAUAGCAGUCUUACAGUUUUUAUUACACCUCACAUGAUGCAGUUUUGUGGCAUGCACAUUGGUUUUAUAUUGGGAGGUGCUGGGGGGUGGAGAUUGAAUUCCAGAAAAGUUGAUGAUCCGUUUUUCAGAAACCUUUUUCCAUACCGAAGGGGCCUACCCCAGUCUCUGCCACAGGUCAGUUCCAGAAGGCAGCUGGAGGAUGGUUCGGUUUGGAUGUAGAGGGGAGGGGAGGGAGUAGGGGUGAGACAGGGGAGCAAUAGAGCCCUGCUGUGCAAGGGAGGCAUGGAGGCAGGUGGUGGUAUGGUCUGUGGCCCGAGUGGCAGUGUCCCUGUGCACACUGCAGGUGUCCAUGUGGCUGGCAGCUGUGCCUGCUCUAGGAACAGCAGUUGACUCAGUCGGGUGGGUACCAGGGGAGGGCCUUGCCCUGUGUGGCGGGCUCGUGCCAUCAUUAUGACGGUGGAAUUCCAGAAGCAGAAUCUCGUGCUCUCAGAAACCAUGGAAUUAGAUCUAGAUGGUGAAAAGGCAGGCCACUCUUGUGUCUUCAGAGGUGGCACAAGUGUGCAUGUGGCCCCGGGACACGGGGGUGCCUGGAAGACCCAGACUGGUUCCUCUCUCCCAGCACCCGAGAAGCUCUUCUUCCUGGCUGGGUCCCUGCUCCCCAGAGGCCUGCGUGUCUGCGUGGCAGUGGAAGGAGCCUCUCCUGCUUCCCCUUCUGAGUGCCUGGGAUUCGAGGCCCAGGAGAAGCAGCAGAGAUGUCCAACGAGCCACCCCCUCCUUAUCCUGGAGGCCCCACGGCCCCCCUUCUGGAGGAGAAGAGUGGAGCCCCACCUACCCCAGGCCGCACCUCCCCAGCUGUGAUGCAGCCCCCACCAGGCAUGUCGAUGCCCCCCGCAGACAUCGGUCCCCCACCCUAUGAGCCACCAGGUCACGCGAUGCCUCAGCCCGGCUUCAUCCCCCCGCACAUGAAUGCAGACGGCACGUACAUGCCUCCAGGUUUCUACCCUCCUCCAGGCCCCCACCCACCCAUGGGCUACUAUCCGCCAGGGCCCUAUCCGCCAGGGCCCUAUCCUGGCCCUGGGGGCCACACUGCCACAGUCCUAGUUCCUUCAGGGGCCGCCACCACGGUGACGGUGCUGCAGGGAGAGAUCUUUGAAGGUGCGCCUGUACAGACGGUAUGUCCCCACUGCCAGCAGGCCAUCACCACCAAGAUCUCCUAUGAGAUUGGCCUGAUGAACUUCGUGCUGGGCUUCUUCUGCUGCUUCAUGGGGUGUGAUCUGGGCUGCUGCUUGAUCCCUUGCCUCAUCAACGAUUUCAAGGACGUGACGCACACGUGCCCCAGCUGCAAAGCCUACAUCUACACCUACAAGCGCCUGUGCUAACGGAGCCGGGACUGGACUCCCUGCUCAGGUACUGCAGCAGGAGCAGCUGUGGCACUGGACUGGGACAGGCUGGGGAUGAGGAAGGAGCAGCCACACGUGGCGGAAGUGCCCUGGUGGACACCUGCCCUGGGCCUGAGCCCACACUGUAUUUCCUGGUUUGUCUGUGAACUUGAUCACGUGGACCGCUGUACCCGCCGCCCCUCUCCUCGUCUCGCACUGCCACUGCAUGGCCUCCUGUCACUGUGAAUCAUGGCUGCUCUCAGUUUGUAGUUUCUCAUUAAAUUGGCCCUUUCACUCCCCUGCCCUGGGCCUCUGCUCUCU